AUGACACACAAGCCAUCAUCACGGUUCCUUCCACUCAAAGCCUGUGACAGUUCAUUCUACCACACCAGUUCCUUCACCCCCUACAACACAAGCCAGUCCAAGGGAGCAACCAACUACCACCCUUUGACUUCUUAUCCUUCCUCACCAGAAAGUAUAGAGAGUAGGGCAAGCGAUGAAGAUAACGCGAGCAUGGACGUCACCGCAGAGUGA